UGAGACUGACAGCCCGGCCGUUAGCUGCUGCUGUUCACCGGCAAUGAUACAGCAAACACGGACUCGGUAAGACACCGACAUGGACUUGACGGACACUUUUUACCACUACAAAGACGGAUACUAUUCGGACACCGUUGUCUGUUAACCACAGACAGAGUUUAUUCCUCACCAGGAUUAUUUUGUGUCGGGUAAAAGGAGACUCGACGUCUGAGAGGAAUUGAUGCGACGACUGAUUUCCUGCGACAUAACGUUACACCGGUCAGAUAAGAAGCUUUCGCAUUCACUUUGAAGACCACCUGAGUGAACUGUCAAGGGCUGGGUUUAUUUCUGUGUGCUUGAUUGUGACACUAAUAUCUGCAAAAUAAUCGUAAGUAGUAAAUAGAUAGGGUACACCAAGUUCUAGGAGAGCGUAGCUAAUCGCCAGUACAGCUUUAAGCUAACCAGCGGCUAGCUCAAUUUCGCAUUCUUUGUUUAUUUUGUUUGCUUCGUUUAAUACAGUGUUUUUUAUCUUUCUGGAGUUGGAUACAUACUUGUGGAAAGAAGAAGGAGGUCGCUCAUACGCUGAGUUUGAACGUGACUACAGCCCUGAACGUUUAGCUGGAUUUUUAAAGGACAUAAAUCAUCUGAUUUCUCACUUAUGGCUCGUUAGUAUCGCGGUACUGCAGCUGACCCAGCUAGCUAGCAUCUGUUUUAGCUAGUAGGUAGCGCCAGCAGCCGUCCACUUCUUGGCCCUUAGUAACUCACUGACGGCAGAGAUGCACCACCAAGAGUUUUCUGGAGACCCGCCUGGGACCGGGAGCAGGAAAGGUUUCCACUACAGGAGGGGCAGCAGCGGUGCGUCUGCCUCCUCCGCAGCCGGCGGCAGUGGAGUCAACACGGGCGACGACAACCCAACCCAGGCUGGAUCAAGUUCUCCCGCACUCCACCACCAGCCCCAGUCCCAGUCCCAGUCUGCUGGCGCUCAGGUGAAGAAGAAGAGUGGCUUCCAGAUAACCAGUGUCACCUCAGCUCAGAUCAACGUGAGCGGCAAUAACAGUUUAGCAGAUGACACUGAGAGCUAUGAUGACAUGGAUGAGUCGCACACAGAGGACCUCUCCUCCUCUGAUAUGCUGGAUGUCUCCGUGUCCAGGGCCACCGAUACAGGUGUGCCGGAGAGAAGCUCCUCUGAUGAGACGCUCAACAGUCUCCAUGGGGUCGACACACCUGGAAUUGUGUCACCCAACGAGCCUCUUCACCCUCAUUCCAUCCCUCAGGGGUCUCAGCAGCACACCUCUAUGGUAAAUGGGACCAUGCAUCCUCAUUAUUAUCCUCAGCAACACAACCAGCCCCACCAUCAUCACUCUGAUAGCUUGGGAGGAGGAGAACCCUCAUUGCCAUCGCUUCCUAUUGCUCCCUUGGCUAGCUCCAGCCCUGCUUCCAAAGCCGGGCCGAGCCAGUCACAGAGGCCACCAAUGUUGGAUACCAGUAAAGCUGCAGGAGGGACAACCCAACCAUUAACCCUUAUUGUUGGUGGGACAGCCACUGAUCCACAUCUACAGGGCAGUGUGAACGUUUCAAAUAUGUCUGCUGUCACUGCUUCUGCAGUCCCUCUCUCUGGGCCUGCAGGGUUUGAUAACGCUAGUGUGAGUGGGCAAGUAGCUUCUGUUGGAGGAGGAGCAGGCCCGUCUGCUGCUGCCUCCAACACUCAUACUCAGCACACCCAAACUCAGACAGCUACUGGCUCUCGUUUUAGGGUGGUCAAAUUAGACACUAACUCUGAGCCAUUCCGCAAAGGAAGAUGGACAUGUACAGAGUACUAUGAAAAGGAGGUUCCUCAUUCAACUACAUCUGAAGCACCAAAAGGUGCAGAAGUGGCUGCAGAGACUGAGGCAGGUAAUGCUGGGAUUAGCCAGAGCAUACCUGCUGUACAGCCACCUCACACGCUUCAGCCCUAUCAGCUGCCGAGCCAGGACUUCACCAGUCCACAAGCAAUGCAGAGCCCACCCCAGGGACUGGCCCAAACUGCUCCUCUGACGUAUGUUGCACCCCAGGAUGUUGUUGCUGGGGCACACUUGCAGAAACCAGUGGCUCCUGUCACUCUCCCUACAGCCACACCACAGGCCGCUGUAAGUCAGCCUCCCCCUGUAAUACCCCAGCAGCUGCCCUACACUAUGGAUCCCCACCAGACUCAGGCAGGUUACCCUGCACCUCAGUUCCAUGCAGGGGUCAUAGCCCCGGGAAGUGUCCGACAGCCAGACUUUAUACAGCCCACUGCUCCCUUUCAGACCCAGGUUCAGCCUCCGCUGCCACAUGUUACAACAGGAAUCUCCAUAACACCUGUUCCAGGGGUCACGGCACAGCCACCGGUCAGCAUAACUCAGCAGCUGCCCCUUCAAGGUCAGGUGGCCCCACCUGCCACAGCAACAUUUACAGGACAGCAACAGACUCUCCCAGCUCAACCCCAACCUCUCUCACAGCCGCAAGUCCAACCCCCCGCUGCUGCAACAGGCCCAGUAGCACCCACCCAUGGGACCCCCUACAUGCCAUUGACUGCACUACGAGCUGACCUCCAGCCUCUCCUCACCUUGGGUGCGACCCUCACCCAGGUCCCUGGAGGAGGGAGCUCCAUAAGAACAUCCCAGCUGGAGGACGCACAGAAGCUUCUGCUCCAGCACCAAAGCCUGCUGGGUCUGCCCAGGCUAGGGGUGGCAGCAGGUGGAGAGGGGGCUGCAGAGGCCGGCGGUGCUGCUGGAACGCUGGCCCACAUGGGGAUGUCGGCUGAAGCCAGCGCCUUUAUGGCUGCUGCUGCAGGCCUCAGGACUCAGCACACUGAAGGAGAGGAGGACAGCUCUUCCGGCGCAAGUGUGGUGGCCAUUGACAACAAGAUUGAACAAGCGAUGGACCUGGUCAAGAGCCACCUGAUGUACGCCGUGCGCGAGGAGGUGGAGGUGCUGAAGGAGCAGAUCAAAGAGCUGAUCGAGCGCAACACUCAGCUGGAGCAGGAGAACAACCUGCUCAAGAACCUGGCCAGCCCCGAGCAGAUGGCUCAGUUCCAGGCGCAGGUCCAGACCGGCGGCUCCCCGACUGGCGCUGCCCAGCCUCCGGUGCCGGUCUCUGCCGGAACCAUACAAGCCCUCCCCUCCACACAGAGCUCCGGUAUGUCUGCGUAACACAGAAGCUGCACACUGGAGAGCCCCCUGAGGAUGAGACACAGGGGUGAUGGGAGGAAAAAGAAGAAGAGGAGGAGGAGGAGGAGGAAGGAGGAAGGAGUCUUGCCAUACUGUGAACUGACUCUAGCAUCAAGACCGACUAUGCCACCGUCUCGAGGAGCGCACACGUCAACUUAAACCGGAGGACAAACUUUCUUUUGUUGCACAUUUAAUUUAACUGAAAGACUUUGGAGUUGCACCGGUGUGUGUGUGCGUGUGUGUGUGUCCGCUUUUAUUAUGUGCUUCAGACAAUCGUCAUCAUGGUGAUAACGAGGGGAGCUGACAGGAACUGAGCUGCCGCCAUUGUUCAGAGGAAGGCGCUAAAACAUGAGACCUGGCCAAUCAUGGGGAGUACGCCGCAUGCUCUUGUCAGUGCUGUUGAAUCCCUCGCUGUGUGACCUGUGGAACGUGUGCCAUCGUCACCCUGCCCCCACCUCAGCCCAGCACUCUCCAUCAGCACACUUUACAUUUUUUUACUGUUUUAUUUUUAAUUUCUUUAGUGCUGCACUUUUUUUUCAGACGAAGCGGUGGACGAACUCUUAAAGAUUCGUACGACCCAUCUGGAAUGGGAGCCGAUGAUGUCGUAGUGAUGUUCUGGGUUUGAGACGGGGCUUAUAAAGAAUUUUGAAAUAUGUAUUAUGUGCGCCUCAUCGUUCACUUUGAGAGCUCUUUGUUCUUUUUCACGUAGCCGUCCCCACCCUUCACUCACCCGUUUGUGGAUGGAGCGUCAAACAUUUAUGCAGGGAAUCAAGGUUUUUAUAGGGAAAGGUUUGUGUUUGUCUGUUUUUGUUGAUGUUACUAUAGUGAUCUGUAAAAAUAAUUGAUGGGAAGGCAAAUAAGUAGGACAUGACUGUUUCUAGGUAGUGAACUUUGUAAAAAAUUUCCAGUUAAAUUCUGCCAAGUGCCUGGUUUCUAACCAUAGAUACAUAUAUAAGCUUUUUUUAGUUGUUUUAUUCAAUGUGUAAAUAUAUGUAUAGAUAUAUAUAUCUAUGGUUUACCAGGUUUUGAACUACCUGUGAUGUCAUUACUCAGGGUGGGAACACAAGAGGAUCAUUUACCUCGACACUAAGAUGCUGUCUCUCCUGCAGUGACACACGGCCUCGUACUGUACGUGAACUCUCCUCUGCCGUCGCUUAACUCACUCGCUCAAAUUAUCUGGACUGUUUGACCAUUUUUUUUUGGGGACGUGUGAUAUUGUUUUUUUGUUGUUUUUUUUGUUUGUUUUUUUUUCUUUUUGUCUUUUGUACAAGCCAAGUGUUUGGAGUUGCUCGCUGUGCAACUGGAGCGCUGAACACGAAUUAUGAUGAGACACUUGGCGAGAUUUGAAUUUAGAAAAAACAAAAACAAAGGAAAAUGCCUAGCAGAAGUAUGUCGAUGUUUUGUGCAUGUUCCUCAGCCCAUCACAAAUGUGACGUUACAAUUGCACUAGACAGUUGCACCUCAAAUAAAAAAUGAAAACGAAAAAGUGAAA